AGCGGGGGCUGCGGCUCGCGGCGCGGAUCCUGCGGUCCUGGGCGCGCGGCGCGCGGCUCGGGAGAGGCGCCGGCAGCCGGGGACGGCGCGCACUGUCUCGCCCGCGCUCGGAGUGCCUUCUCCCCGUGACUCCUUGCACGCCUCCAGCGCAAAGGGGUGUUUUGUUUCUUUAUUUUUGACAGAUUUUCUGAUACAAUGGCAACGCCGCGGGGGAGGACAAAGAAAAAAGCAUCUUUUGAUCACUCUCCAGAUAGCCUUCCUUUGAGGAGCUCUGGUCGGCAGGCGAAGAAAAAAGCCACGGAGAUGACAGACGAGGAUGAGGACGGUGGGUCGGAGAAGAAGUACAGGAAAUGUGAAAAAGCAGGCUGUACAGCCACGUGUCCUGUGUGCUUUGCAAGCGCUUCUGAAAGAUGUGCCAAAAAUGGUUACACGUCCCGAUGGUACCACCUCUCCUGUGGGGAGCAUUUCUGUAACGAGUGCUUUGACCAUUACUAUAGAAGCCAUAAGGAUGGAUAUGACAAAUAUACUACAUGGAAAAAAAUAUGGACUAGCAAUGGAAAAACUGAACCUAGUCCAAAAGCUUUCAUGGCAGACCAGCAGCUCCCCUACUGGGUUCAGUGCACAAAACCUGAGUGUAGAAAAUGGAGGCAACUUACCAAGGAAAUCCAGCUUACCCCACAGAUAGCAAAGACCUACAGAUGUGGUAUGAAACCAAAUACUGCUGUUAAGCCGGAGACCUCAGACCAUUGUUCCCUUCCAGAGGAUCUAAGAGUGUCGGAAGUUUCCAACCACUGGUGGUACUCCAUGCUCAUCCUACCUCCUUUGCUGAAAGACAGCGUGGCCGCACCCCUGCUCUCUGCUUACUAUCCUGACUGCGUGGGCAUGAGCCCCUCCUGCACCAGCACACAUCGUGCAGCCAGCGACACCAGCCCCGGGAAGCUGGAGCACUCCAAGGCAGUCCCCUCUGUGCUGGUGCCAGGCAUGAACCGGUACUUCCAGCCUUUCUACCAGCCCAACGAGUGCGGCAAAGCCUUGUGCGUGAGGCCAGACGUGAUGGAGCUGGAUGAGCUCUAUGAGUUCCCAGAGUAUUCCCGGGACCCCACCAUGUACCUGGCUCUGAGGAAUCUCAUCCUCGCCCUGUGGUAUACUAACUGCAAGGAAGCUCUUACUCCUCAGAAAUGCAUCCCUCACAUCAUUGUCCGGGGUCUCGUUCGUAUUCGAUGCGUUCAGGAAGUGGAGAGGAUCCUUUAUUUCAUGACGCGGAAAGGUCUCAUCAACACAGGAGUUCUCAGUGUUGGCCCAGACCAGCAUCUUCUUCCUAAAGAUUACCACAAUAAAUCAGUCAUCAUUAUUGGGGCUGGUCCAGCAGGAUUAGCAGCUGCUAGGCAACUGCAUAACUUUGGAAUUAAGGUGACUGUCCUGGAGGCCAAAGACAGAAUCGGAGGCCGAGUGUGGGACGAUAAGUCUUUCAAAGGCGUGACCGUGGGACGAGGAGCCCAGAUUGUCAAUGGCUGUAUCAACAACCCAGUAGCACUCAUGUGUGAACAACUUGGCAUCAGCAUGCAUAAAUUUGGAGAAAGAUGUGACUUAAUUCAGGAAGGUGGAAGAAUAACUGACCCCACUAUUGACAAGCGCAUGGAUUUUCAUUUUAAUGCUCUCUUGGAUGUGGUCUCUGAGUGGAGGAAGGAUAAGACUCAGCUCCAGGAUGUCCCUUUAGGAGAAAAGAUAGAGGAGAUCUACAAAGCUUUUAUUAAGGAAUCUGGAAUCCAGUUCAGUGAGCUGGAGGAGCAGGUCCUCCAGUUCCAUCUCAGUAACCUGGAAUAUGCCUGUGGCAGCAACCUCCACCAGGUGUCCGCUCGCUCCUGGGACCACAAUGAAUUCUUUGCCCAGUUUGCUGGUGACCACACUCUCCUCACUCCCGGCUACUCCGUCAUCAUAGAAAAACUGGCAGAGGGUCUAGACAUUCGGCUCAGGUCUCCAGUACAGAGUAUUGAUUAUUCUGGAGAUGAAGUUCAAGUUAGCACCACAGAUGGGACGCGGUGUACAGCACAAAAGGUGCUAGUCACUGUCCCACUGGCCUUACUGCAGAAGGGUGCCAUUCAGUUCAAUCCACCAUUGUCAGACAAGAAGAUGAAAGCUAUCAACAGCUUAGGUGCAGGCAUCAUUGAAAAGAUUGCGUUGCAAUUUCCUUAUAGAUUUUGGGACAGUAAAGUUCAAGGGGCUGACUUCUUUGGUCACGUUCCUCCUAGUGUCAGCAAGCGAGGGCUUUUUGCCGUGUUCUAUGACAUGGAUCCCCAGAAGCAGCACAGCGUGUUGAUGUCGGUGAUCGCGGGGGAAGCGGUGGCGGCCGUCCGGAGCCUGGAGGACAAGCAGGUGCUGCAGCAGUGCAUGGCCAGCCUCCGCGAGCUCUUUAAGGAGCAGGAAGUCCCAGAUCCCACAAAGUAUUUUGUCACCCGGUGGAGCACAGACCCCUGGAUCCAGAUGGCAUACAGUUUUGUGAAGACAGGGGGCAGUGGUGAGGCCUAUGACAUCAUUGCUGAAGAAAUACAAGGAACCAUCUUUUUUGCUGGCGAGGCAACAAACAGGCAUUUCCCACAAACUGUUACAGGGGCAUAUUUGAGUGGUGUUCGAGAAGCAAGCAAGAUUGCAGCAUUUUAAACAGAAUGUCUGGACCCAGCUUUCUUCUGUACCGCAAACGGAAAGUUUGAAAAGCAUGUUAAACCUCACUUUCGUCAAAUCAAACAAAAACCUUCACUGGGUAGCAAAACUGAAAUGUUUCUAGUGGCAGGCAUGGUAACGUAAACCCAUUUUACCACUCUGAAGGCACUAGCCUCCUCCCCCCCCCACAAUCCUUUUACAAGCACUUAUAUUUAAUUGCAUUUUCCACAGGUCUGACUAGUGCUAAUAAAUCUUCUGGAUUUCAGAAUAAGGCAGAAUAGAACCUUAAAGACCUUGGUAUGAUUCUUCCAUGGUUGGAGAUUCCCUUUAAAUUUGACAUUUUUUUUAGCUGACCAACUUUCACACUGAGAAACCAGGCAGCAAUCGUAAGAUAAAGCCAUGUACUUUUCUUCUAUGACAAUUUAUCAGUAUCUUUGCCAAUGAGCCUUAAGAUUUUUAUAUAGCUCCAAUAUUAAGCGUUUACUUAAAACUUAGAAAUCUUUCCUUUUUGGAUACAGUACCAACUCUUCAGUCAAAAAGUAAAUGAAUCUUCUAGACUAUUUUAUAUUGUACAUAUUUCUUCCCAUUGGCUAUUAAAAAGAAAUUUAAAUUCAGGUAUCUUUUAUAAUACAACAUUUUAGAUUUGUGUACUCAUUGGCAAAACAGUGAAAUUUCCAAUUCCUUUACCAGUACAGAUAAUGAAUGCAUCAUUGAGAACGGGAGAGAGAUAAUGUGGUCUUCAUAUUUUAGACAUGGAAUAUGGCUAUUUUUCUUAGAGCCAUGUUUGGACAGAUGGUACAUUUUGAACAGCCUUAAUUUUGGCAACCACUAGCAAAAUGAUCUUAUCAGAAUAAUUUAAUAAAAGCUUCCCCCACUGCCUCAUCUUUUAAAAUAACUGAUUCAAUCUCAAGGACUAUUUUUUAUAGAAUUAUGUUUUCAGUAUUCCAUAGGCAGGCCCACUGGAAAACUGCAGAAAAAUCUGAGAUAUCCUGAUAAAUAUUACACAUUUUAUAAGCCAUAUCUUAAAAGCCUGAGAACACGGCAAAUAUUUACUUUUUUUUUGCUCAUGACAAAAAAAUACGUCAUUUAAACUAAGCUCAUCUUUCAGGGACGAACUUCGGGAAGCUUCAGUUUACAGGUCAGAAGUAUGGAUAAGUGCUUUUGUUUUAAAAAGUCUUUUGAAUAAUUCUUUCAGUAUACUGGUCAGCUUAAAAAAAGGGACUCAAAAUGACUUUAAAAUCACUUUUUAGAACAUUAGGUAUUUUUAAAAUUUAAGGUCUGCUUCUUAGUAGAAAUAGUCAUUUUAUGCAAAGAACACAGUGGACUUUAGACUGAACUUAAGACAUACCUCCCUCCCAUCAAAGUAUGAUACAAUCAGAAAAAAAGCCAGUAGCAGUAUAUUGGGUUCAAAGUUAACAGGAAAAUGUACGUUAUCUGAUGAGACAUUGGUACUGAUUGGGAAGUAUUCUGCUUUAAAGUGUUAUAUACUAAAAUGUUUAAAGAAUAUUAUGUGUCAAGUGAUAAAAUGCAAAAAUAUUUUAAGCUGAAAUGGUUCACGGUAAAUUAUUACUUUAGUUUCUGGGCACUUAAACUUGUACUGUGCUAUAAGCAAACAAGGGGGAAACAGUAAAUACAUAUUUAAAAAAAAAACACCCUCAGUUCCUAGCUCAAGUGAUAGCACCCAACAUUAUGGAACCAUGGUAUUUUUUUCCUUGGGUUUCUUUGAGUGUGUUUUUCACUGCUGUCUGAAGAGUUUGUAAUUGAGUAAGCAGUGAGCAUACACAAUGUUUUAACUGCAAGACUGUGAACAGCUAAUUGUGUAAAACCGCUUAAUAAAAAUUACUUUUUUUCAAAUACACUGUGAACUGUAGUGAUAAAUGCACAUCUCAAGUAGAUACAACUUUACCACGACCCUUCACAGGUGCCAAACCAUCCCUUCAACUGCCAAACCCUUUAAACUUUUUAGUUCACAGGCAUUACUGUGUAUCCCCUCUCAAAUAAAUGGUCAUGAGAUUAAUGACUGUUACGAUUUCUUUGUAAUGUAGUAAGUAAUACAGUACCACUAACGAGCACUCCAAAUUGUAUAGGCUAUAUGGCUAAACACAUCUAAAAAUCUCUGUUCUGAAAUACGACAUCAAAUGCAAAAGACGAAGGCAUUUAGUUAUUAUUUUUAUUGACAAGGUUUCUAGGAACAAAUUAAAUAUUUAAAACCAAAGGCCAAUUCUUAAGUCUCAUUAGAUGUUUAUUCCAUUCAUUUGUAUUUAGCAUAGCUUGUCUCUAGUGUCUUAAUAACUUUAUCAAGAAACAAGUCAAACCUGUGAAAAUACCUGUUAACAGUCAACAUCAUUUUUAUAUAUUUCUGUUCUGUGAUGCAAAGAUAAACACUCAAUAGUUUAUCAAAGGCCUAAUUCUUGCAUAAGCAGCAUGUUUUAUUUUAAAAUUCAGAGAUUUAAUAAACUGAUUAAGACAGUCAAAUUUAAAAGACAAAAUUAGUCUCAUUCAGGAGUGGUCCGUCCAUAUGUUGAUCAUUUAGAAUCCUGAUUGGCCAAAAUUUAAAGUCUAAUACCCCUGAUUCCACGAAUACAUUAAAUUUUUAAAAAAAUAAUCCUGUUAUCACUUUUGAGAAAUACUUUGUCAGGUACCCACAUCUACACAUUAUCUACAUAUUAUCAUCUUCUGGCAGUACAAUGGGGACUUUUCCAUAAUUAUAAGGUGGCCAGAUUUCCUCUAGCAGGAUUUUAUAUGGGCAAAAGCAGUCAAUAAAAAUCAAUUCAUUAUUAUAAGCCAAAUGUGCUUGUACUUAACCCCAAUCUUUACCAAAUUUUUGAAGUUUCAACGUGUUGAUUUUGGUCUAUCCUUAAUAUAAAAUGUAUCUAUCUACACACACUGUCGCAGAGUUAACACUAAAACUACAAAUAGAUGACACUUCCCAGGCAAAACAGAGAACUCUCUGUUCCUUCAGUGAUUUCUUCACUGAAUUCUGACUUUCUCUGCUCCGACAUACCAUCUGGCUGAACACUGACAUUUCAUAGUUUUUAACUGUAAAGAUACCUACUUAUAUGAAUUUAAAAAUUGAUCUGCACAAAAGAAAUAAAAAAACUUUAUAUACAACAAAUUUGUUUUUAAAAAUACAAAAAUAACAUCUGUCACUCUUGUCAUGCUGACAAUUUGACAUAUAUACACAUGCAGGAGAAAAGUUCCGGUUCAGUCAUCUGGACAGCUGAAGCUUGUGUAUUUUUAAUAUGAUGAACACACUGCCACUGAGUGUUCACACUGACAGAUGUGUAUUCAAAAUAUUUCAUAUACUAAAUACUGCAAUAGUCUCUGCAUGUAUAAAUGCCAGUUAUAAUAGUUUCUGUUCUACUUGAUUAAAAGUAUGUCUUAAGCUAAUAUUGAGCACACACUAAAAACUACAGUUCAAGAAUCUAUAACCUUAUAUAAAGAAAUCCAAUGUACAAAAUACAACUAUAAAAGCAACGGACACUUACUGCCAUGCAAAAAUUUAAA